UUUACUUCUGGCCACUUCAUUAACUAAGCAGGCUAGGAUUUGGUAUUGUUUAUGUCGAACUCUUGACAAAAACGUCUAAGAUGGACUUCCGGUAUGGACGUAGCUUUUCAGGGGGUAGCAGCAACAAUAGUCAAUAUCGACGUUAUAGUCGCUCCCGUUCACGUUCCCGUGAACGCAAUCGGCGCCGUCAUUCCCGUUCCCCAUUGCAUUUUCGACACAAUGACGGCUCAGAUCAGGACUCGUAUCGAGAUCUGAUUGAUGAUGAAUACAAGAAGGAAGGUGGCUAUAAUUCGCGCAAUCACUAUGGGCAUCGGCAACAUCGUCGGGAGGAAUCUUUUGAUCGCCGUGACGACAUUCAUAAUCGUCGGGAUGAUAAUUCAAAUCGCCGUGAAGAUAAUUAUGAGAAUGAACGCGAUUCACGUUUCAAAAACUAUGACAGGCAAGCACGGGAACGAAAUAUGGAUAAUGACAGAUGCAAUGACAGGAGCGGUCGCAGCGGUGAAAACACAACAAAUAACAACAAAUUCGAUCGACGUGAGGAUCGCAAUGAUCGCAAUGAUCGAAAGGUUCAAAAUCAAAAUACAGAAAGGGACAAUGAGCGAGGAUACCAACAGAAUAGAAAACGUCGUAUUUCUGAAGAGGCCACCAGUAGCACAGUUGUAAUCUUUGAUUUAUCUCCAGAUUGUACAAAAGAAAUGCUUUUGGAUAGGAUACGGCAAGUGAAUUUGGAGCCAGUUCAUAUAAGUAGAAAAAAAAUUGCAGGUUCAUCACGGGAAAUAGCAUUUGUUGACUUUAGUGCUCUCGAAGAAGCCAAACAGUGGAUGGAUAUAAAUCAGGGUAGAUUUCAAGUUGGUGACCAUCGCUAUAUCAUGGACUAUGGCCACAAAAGGAAUACAGAUUGGCGUUGUAUAAAGUGUGGUGGAAAUAAUUUCAAAAGUCGUAUCAAUUGUUACAUGUGCAAGGCUCCACGGAUUGAAUCUGAAAAUGGGGAAAAUGAUGGCCUCGAUGAAGUUACCCACAUUAUAUCGAAAAAGAUAAUGCUACGGAAUCUGGAUGCUUUGACCAAUGAGGAAGGAGUCCUGACAGCCCUGCAGCUGGCGAUACCCGAUCUGGCCAAGAAUGUUAGCAAACUGGAGAUAAGUCGUGAUAAACUGACCCAAACAUCGCGUGGCAUAUGUUAUCUUCACUUUGAGACUUUGAUCGAGUCGAUGAAUGUGCAUAAUGGACUGACAGCACUUGAUCCGCCUCUGACUAUAGAUGAAAAAGCCGUUACUAUUAACUAUUGUAUGGAACCAGAGGAUCGUCAAGUAGCUUCCAAGGAUAAUAGAUCUAAUUUAAGAUCUCAAAUGGGGAUACCCACAUCGGUUAAUGGUGGCACACAUACUCUGGCUGAUGUACCCCAAUUGGCGGAAUACAGUGCCACUCUAUAUGCCUCAAAUCCGGCGGAAAAAGCACAAUAUCUACAAUAUUACACAGAUUACUAUACCACAGAGAUAACUAAAGGCAAUCGCAUUGGCUCACAGUUGACGGAGGCCAAUUCGGGAGCAGCUGUGGCCUUGGAAGCCAUACAACGUAAGCAGCAAAAGACAUUGGGAACACCCAAGGGCAAUGAUGGCAAGACAUAUCCUCCACCAAAUGUUGCCUGCUAUCAGUAUGAUGAAACAUCGGGUUAUUAUUAUGAUCGAAGUACUGGACUAUAUUACGAUGCACAUUCCCAAUAUUAUUAUAACAGCGAGACGGGAGCUUAUUUAUAUUGGGAUCAGAGUCGUAGUACAUAUUUGUUGGCUACUCCUAACGCCACAGAGACAGGCCAGGUGCCAACUCAACCAGAGGCUAAGGAGGAGGCUAGUAAAUCUGAGAAGGAAACCGAUGGUAAAGAGGAUAAAGUUAAAGUUGCCAAAAUGAUAGUCAAAGACAUGGAGAAAUGGGCAAAACAUUUGAAUCAAAAGAAGGAUUACACUGUGGUGGCUACGCCACAGCCUAUUUUAAGUGGCCCAUCGGCUAAAGUCGAAUUGCCGAGCACAUCUCGUGUAAUCCCACCACAAAGUAGUAAUAGUAGUAGUGCCUAUGCCGAUGUCGGUUUCUCUAUAAUGGAGAAAAGGGAACGAGUUCCUAUCAGCACCAGCAGCUUUACUGCCAUGAAUAAGCUAGCCAAUAAUUAUGGGAAUGGUUCAGAGUCGGAGGAGGAUCCAGGAGCAGUAAGUCAAUCUGCAUCAGUGGACACAAAUGCCAAAGCCAAUGGUGGUUCAGAUGAAAAGGACUUGGUGGACUUUGAGAAACUAACCUGCCUGCUUUGCAAACGUGCCUUUCUGUCCUUGGACACCCUCCAGAAGCAUUUAAAACUAUCGAAUUUACACAAAGAUAAUCUAGCGAAAAUUAAACAGAACUCUGAAGCUGAAGAUGGUUCAAAUGGAGGUCAAUCUUAUCGCGAUCGCGCCAAGGAGCGACGUCUUAAAUAUGGAGAGAGUGAUCCACCGCCUUCAAAUCGCAACCGUGAGGUUUUUCAACGCGAAAUGUCGAAUUUGCAAAAUAAGCGAAAACCAAAGGAAGCGGAUCCGGAAACGCCAAUUGCAUCUAGUAAUGUGGGAAGUCGGCUGUUGCAGAAAAUGGGCUGGUCUGAGGGUCAGGGUUUGGGUCGUAAGAAUCAAGGACGCACACAUAUUAUUGAGGCUUCAGACAGAAGGUCUGAGAAUUUGGGUCUAGGCAAUAAAGUGAGCGGUGUUCGGCGAGAUGACGAUUACAAUACCUAUGUGAAACGUAUGAUGAAGCAACGUUACAAGAAUGCUUAAAGAUCAUUGCUUUACUUUUUUAAUAAUUGUAAUUUAAAUUUUAUAUUAAUUUGUUUUUAAAAAUCAUGGAAAUGCUUACCUCAAAAGCUCAAUUUAACUAGGAACAAUUAAUUUACGAAUUGUAUAAAAUAAAACUUAUUAUAGAAUUUAUAA